UCGCUGAUGUGACCAAUGGCUGACGGAAUCCUUGCUUCCUCACAUGGCCCGUGGGCGAAUCGGAAUGUUCGGUGAGCAGAACUACAGUGGGCCUGGCUCUCACGUUUGGUUGAAAUGAUUUCUCUGCGGUUUGGACUGAGACCGUUGCUACUGUGAUAAAGGGACAUCUGGAUGGAUACAGGGCUACCCUGCCACACCUUUCUUCGUCAAGCAAAAGUGUUUUACUUCUCAGCUGGAUACAAUUAUAAGAACAAACGGACCGUACUUUAGAAUACUUUUACCAACAUUUUUAUUUGAAGCCAACUUUAAUGGCAUGGGUUUUGAGGAAACCUAACUCUGGUAUUUUUGAAAGUGUUCACAAGAGUGGUGGAGUUUACUUUUGAGGAGUCUUCUGAAGUCUGUACAGGAACUAAAUCUCAAAAUGGAUCAAGCAAGUGGUGGAGAGGAUCCUAAUAAACCUAAUAAAAAGAAAGAAAAAGAGGAUGAAAGUAAAAACAAAAAACUGAACAUACACAUAAAAACAUUGGCUGACGACAUGCGUGACCGGAUCACCAGUUUCCGGAAGACUGGGAAUAAGAAGGACAAGCCCCUGAUUCAGCACUCCACAGACCCCAUGUCCAUUCAGGUAGAGAUGCCCAUGCCCCAGCCUCUCUUCGACGACCGCUCCAUGAACCUCUCCGAGAAGGAGAUCAACGCCCUCUUUGAGAAGAUGAUGGAGGACAUGAACCUGAAUGAGGAGCGUAAAGCCCCCCUGCGUGGGAAGGACCUGAGCACCAAGCGAGAGAUGGUUGUCCAGUACAUCUCCACCACCGCCAAAUCUGGAGGACUGAGGAACAGCAAGCAUGAGUGUACAUUGUCGUCACAGGAGUAUGUCCACGAGCUGCGUUCCGGCAUCACUGAGGACAAGCUGCUCAUCUGCCUGGAGUCCCUUCGCGUCUCUCUCACCAGUAACCCUGUCAGCUGGGUGAACAACUUUGGCCAUGAAGGACUGGGCCUCCUCUUGGAUGCAUUGGAUAAGUUGCUGGAUAAGAAACAGCAAGAAAGUAUUGACAAAAGAAACCAGCACAAGCUGAUCCAAUGUCUCAAGGCCUUCAUGAACAAUAAGUAUGGACUACAAAGGAUUCUGGAAGAUGAGCGGAGCUUGCUGCUCCUGGCCAGGGCCAUUGACCCCAAACAGACCAGUAUGAUGACUGAGAUCGUCAAGAUCCUCUCAGCUAUCUGUAUCAUUGGAGAGGAAAACAUCCUGGAUAAGAUUCUGGCUGCCAUGACAAUUGCAGCAGAGAGGAAUAACAAGGAGAGAUUUGCGCCGAUAGUGGAGGGACUGGAGAAUCACGAAGCCCAACAGCUCCAGGUGGCCUGCAUGCAGCUGAUCAACGCCCUGGUCACCUCUCCGGACGAUCUGGACUUCAGGAUACAUCUGCGCAAUGAGUUCCUCCGCUGUGGCCUCAAAAAGAUCCUACCGGAGAUGAAAGAGACCGAGGAGCUGGACAUCCAACUGAAGGUGUUCAACGAGAACAAGGAGGAGGACUCCAUUGAGCUCUCCCAUCGCCUUGAUGACAUCCGUGCUGAGAUGGAUGAUAUGGGUGAGGUGUACCAUCUCCUGUCCAACAUGGUGAAAGACACUGGAUCGGAGACCUACUUCCUGUCCAUCCUACAGCACCUCCUUCUCAUCAGGAAUGACUACUACAUCAGGCCCCAGUACUACAAGGUGAUAGAGGAAUGUGUCUCACAGGUGGUCCUCCAUCGCAGUGGGAUGGACCCAGACUUCGGAUACAGGGAGAGAUUGGAUGUAGACUUCACCCACCUCAUCGAUCAGUGCGUGGAUAAAGCCAAAGUGGAUGAGAGCGAUCUGAAGGCUGCUGAGUUCUCCAAGAAGUUCGAUGAGGAGUUCAGCGCUCGGCAGGAUGCCCAGGCCGAGUCCCAGAAGAUGGAGGAGAAAAUCAAAGAGCUGGAAGGGCAGAUCUGCAACCUGAAGACCCAGAUCACGGCCGGACCAACGUCGGCUGGGACAGGAGUCCCACCUUCACCUCUGCCGGGGGGGUUGGCACCUCCACCCCCUCCCCCUCCUCCACCCCCACCAGGCGGCUGCCUCCCCCUCCCUCCCCCACCUCCGCCUCCUCCUGGCAUGGCCAGCAUGCCCCCUCCACCCCCACCGCCACCUCCAGGAGGCGGGCCACCCCCUCCCCUGGAUGUGGACCCCCACCUCCUCCGCCCAUCCCGGGCGCCGGGCAUCCCUCCGCCUCCUAUGAUGGCCAUGCCUGUCAUCAAGCUGCCUUAUGGACUGGAGGCCAAGAAGACCUACAAGCCUGAGGCCGUCAUGAAGAGGGUCAACUGGUCUAAGGUAGUACCUCAGGAAAUGGCAGAGAAUUGCUUCUGGAUCAAAGUCAAAGAGGAGAAGUUUGAGAACCAAGACCUCUUUGCCCAGCUCUCCCUCAGCUUUUCCUCCAGGACCAAAGUGAAAAAGGAGGUGGAUGAGACAGAUGCCAGGAUGACCCAAUUCAAGAAAAAGGCGAAGGAGCUGCGAAUCUUGGACGGCAAGACGGCACAGAAUUUGUCAAUUUUCCUGGGCUCAUUUCGGCUGCCUUAUGAAGAGAUCCGGGACAUUGUGCUGGAGGUGGACGAAGAGAGGCUGAGCGAAUCACUGAUCCAGAACCUGAUAAAGAACCUACCGGAGCAGAAGGAGCUGAGUGCAUUGGCAGAACUUAAGAGCGAGUAUGAGGAACUGUGCGAGCCAGAGCAGUUUGGCAUUGUGAUGAGCUCUGUGAAGCUGCUGCGUUCGCGCCUCAACGGCAUCCUCUUCAAGCUGACCUUCGAGGAGCAGGUGAACAACAUCCGACCGGACAUCAUGAACGUGACGUUCGCCUGUGAGGAGCUGAAGAAGAGUGACAGCUUCAGCAAUCUGCUGGAGAUGGUGCUGCUGGUGGGCAACUACAUGAACGCUGGCUCCCGGAACGCCCAGACCUUCGGCUUCAACAUCAGCUUCCUCUGCAAGCUUCGAGACACUAAGUCGUCCGACCAAAACACAACUCUGCUUCACUUCCUGGCCGAAAAGUGUGAAGAGAAGUACCCGGAGAUCCUGAGGUUCCCUGAAGAGCUGGAACACGUGGAGAGUGCUAGCAAAGUUUCUGCCGAGAUCCUGAAAAGCAGUCUGAGCACCAUGGAGCGACACAUCCAGAGGCUAGAAAACGACAUUGAGAAUUUCCCCAAGACAGACGACAAAAAAGAUAAGUUUGUGGAAAAAUUGUCCGGCUUCUCCAAGCAUUCGCGGGAGCAAUACGAGAAGCUUUCCACCAUGCACAAGAACAUGCAGAAGCUAUACGAGAGCCUGGGCAGCUACUACGCCUUCGACCCCCACGUCCUCAGCGUCGAAGACUUCUUCGGUGACCUGGCCUCCUUCCGCACCCUCUUUGUGGAGGCGGUGAAAGAGAACCACAAGAAGAGGGAGAUGGAGGAGAAGAUCAAGAGAGCCAGACUGGCCAAGGAGAAAGCAGAGCGCGAGAAGCAGGAGCGCCAGCAAAAGAAGAAGCAGCUGAUUGACAUGAACAAAGAGGGAGGAGAGAAUGAGACAGGUGUGAUGGACAGCUUAAUGGAAGCCCUGCAAUCUGGAGCGGCCUUCCGCGACCGCCGAAAACGAACCCCGCGCAACGGUGAUCAAAAUCCAUCCAGUCCUGCCUCUCGGUGGCCAGGUGCUAACCAUGACAACCGCCGUGCGGUCCUGGAAAGGUCUCGAUCACGCCACAACGCAAACCCCCAGGCUCGAUGAUGGCCCGCGCCUACCAGAAGACGUUAGACAAGUGCCAAAGAGGCCUGCGAGGAGAAUCUGAGGACGUAUAGUAGGAGAGAUGGACCCCAGCCGUGUGGCACACACACACACACUUAAACACUCACAGACACAUAAAAAAAACACACCAACACAUGAACACACACAUACACUAUAUAUACAAAAGUAUGUGGACACCCCUUAAAAUUUGUGCAUUCGGC